UUGCGAGCCUCUUACCCACCGCCGUUCAGCCGCGGUUAUCCACCCUCAGCUGCCGCCGUCCGAGCCCCAGUGGACAGCAGUUGCGACAGUGGUUCGACCGUUGCGAGCCUCUUACCGCCGUUCAGCCGCGGUUAUCCACCCUCAGCUGCCGCCGUCCGAGCCCCAGUGGACAGCAGCUGCGAGCCCCGAGUGUCAGAACUUUCGUACAGCCCCUUUCAUCCUACCGUCCUCGCAUGUAAAGCUGUCUCCGACAGUCUAGACUGUUCACGGUUCGAGGCAUCUAAACAAUCACGAACCGGGUCCGCCAACUGCUGCCCACUGGGGCUCGGACGGCGGCGUCUGAGGGUGGAUAACCGCGGUAAGAAGUUCGCAAAAGUGGUUCGCUGCUGUGGGAGAGCGCAGUGGUUCGCUGCUGUGGGAGAGCGCCUGGCGGGGAUUGUGGGCUCGCGAGUUGGUGCCGGCGAAAGGAGGUGGCUACUCGACCGGUUGCUCGCUCGUGUCGGCGUCAGGCCGCGCGUCUCCGACAAAUCUCGGCGCGUUGCUGUGGCGGGGCGCUUCACGGUGGAUGCUAGUCGAAAGAGUGGAGGGCAACACUGGUACUGCAAUUCGUCUGAUGCGUGCGACGGGCGGACAUCGGCGGUAGGAAGGCUUCUCGCGGUGGUGGACGGACGUCAGCGGCCUUUUCGCGGCGGCGUGCUCCUCCUCGGCUGGGCCGUUCGACUGCGCGCGAUGGGCCGUUGCGAGACGCCGGCGGUUGCUGAUGGAUGGCAG